ACCGCCUACUGAGCUCGUCCGUGGAGUACGUGAGGCUGUAUCGUGAGCUGAUGCAGUACAACGGAUGGGACAAUGUAGCCGCCCUGUACGAUCCAAACAGAAAGUAUUUUCUUUCAACGUUUCACGAGUUCUAUGACACAGUCAAUGUCAGCUACAUCUCACCGGUUUCCGAGAAUAACGUCCCUCUAGCUGAUAUCUAUCUGAACUAUAGGAUAAUUUUUGUGUUUGUCGGGGCUGAGCUGGCACGCAACAUUCUCUGCCUGGCCUACCACUUUCAACCACCUCUGGGUUACCCAGUCUACCAGUGGAUAUUUCACGACAGAACGGUGGAUCAGCUCUGGCAAGAUGUGGCCUUCUCAUAUGCAGGCAAAGCCUACUCGUGUUCCAAACAGCAAAUGAUGCAAUCUACCGACGGGGUGAUUUUAAAUCUUUUUCGUCUCAAGAGGGAAAAUGCCUCGGCUGAAACGGAUGUGGGGUUGACUCUGCGGGAUUUCUAUGUAGCUUAUCAAAAACAGCUCUCUGAUCAUUUGGAGGAGGUUAACCUAACUCGGGAUCAGUAUGCACCGACAGCUGAAGAUUGGGCUCCUCUCUACUACGAUGCCGUGUGGGCAAUGGCUCUUUCCCUCACUCGAGCUCAGUCCGACCUGUUACGUCAGGAAAACUUGACCUUAUCUGAGUAUAGGUAUGGAAAUCCACGUGCAACAGCUCUUAUAAGACAUCAGCUUAGUUUACUCGAUUUCGAGGGUCUCACGGGGAGAAUUUCGUUUAGGAAUGAAACUCGUGACACUGCCACCACCGUGGACAUGUACCAGAUAGCAUACAACCAAUCAAAUGCCACUGCAGCUUCCUCUCUUAUUGGGUCAUAUGACGCAAGUGGGCUGCUUGUUUACCCAGCUGCAGAGUUUGUACCGAGUUCUUUCAAGAUCGUGCAGACAUACAUUCACCCAGCAGUUAGUGUUGUGAUUUUGGUUCCGAUUUUACUGUGCACAGGAUUCUUGUCUACUCUUCAUAUUCUCUACAUCUGUCACUUCAACUCCAGUCCAAUAAGAGCGUCUAGUCCAAGACUGUCCCAGCUCAUUUUCUCCGGAUGUUACCUCGUGAUGUUCCUGGCUUUCAUUCUUGUUCUCGUCACUUCAAAGUGGGUUGUCUCUCUCUUUGAUCCAUUGUCUCGGAACCAUUUCAUUGUGUAUGGCAUGUUCUGUUAUGUCACCAACUGGAGUGUAUCUGCUGGGUACACACUUAUACUCAGCUCAUUUGUUGUCCAGCUUUGGAGACUCUACAGCAUAUUCAACCGUCAUCAGAAGAAGCUUCGCUUUCUUUCAGAUGAGUUCCUUGUCUGCAUUGUCUUUGGGAUACUGGGACUCAACUGUGUGAUAAAACUGUGCUGGAUACUGACUGAUCCACCGUUGGAGGUGUUUCGAAUGGUGGAUGUAGUCGAGUCAUAUGAUGGAUCACAGGAACCUGUUCAUUUGAUCCAGUUUGGAUGUGGAUCUAAAACUGCAGUGAGGUUUGAUGCUAUUGUGAUUACUAUUCAGGUUAUCUUGGGACUCUCUUUGGUGGUACUGUCAAUACUAAACAGGCGUAUUCGGAAAAGAAACUACACCAAUUCGGGAGUGAAUGUGUUUGUCUACUUUUCCACUGUAACAGGAUUCUUUGCCAACGUUUUUGCAACUUCAGUCGGCACAACAACCCUACUGUUUGUGGUUAUUGUCUGGGAAACAUUCUUUCUAUCAUCUGUUUUGAUUCUCAGUGUAUUCCUCUUUCUUCCACGUGUAAGAGCGGCUCUUGCAUUUCAUGCUCACGAACUGUAGAAAUUUUCACUAUAAUCACUUUUUCUCCUUUAUACUGAUGAAUUCAUGUAGGCAUAGUAGCUGUUAUACUCUUUAGGAAUUAAAUUUGAAUUAAAAAGUGUGAUGCACUUAGAAAAGUAAGGGUUCGUUAUGAUUCUGCAGAACUUUGCCGUGCGAAAUUUAGUUAAAGUAUACAGAACUCUGUCCAUCUUGCAACGUACCUUUUCAUAGGAGCACACUAUUUGUGAGGGUUCAACUGUAAAACAGGCUU